AUCUGUUUCACAUGCCACACGUUCUGCAAGUUCUUUUCCGGCACGAGGACGAGGCAAGUAUUAGCGGAAGCCACAAGUUUUCAAGAUGGCUGCAGUAGCGAGCGACGCGGCAACAAUGUUAGCUGAAGCCCUACAGCAAAUGGACGGGCUUAUCUCCGACGACCAACUCAUCAUGGAAAGCUUAAAAAGUCAAACUUAUUCUUGCUCGAGUAAAGAUAAAGUUCUUUCCUUGGUUGAAGAACUAAGGGGGAAACUAGAAGACAUGACACGCGAUGCAAAGCUGACGAUAGAGGUUCCCGGUUCAACCAUCGACUUUCUCAUUGGCUGGCUGAAUUCUCUACAAAAUGUAACGUCCAAAGAUGAACAGCGAAGUGGCGAACAGCUGACGAACUGUGAAAGGCAGUCGUUACAAAUCAGCAGAUUAGAAGACGAAAAAGAAUCUUUGAUCUUGCAAGUUAGCGUGCUGACUGAUCAGGUCGAAGCACAGGGAGAGAAGAUUAGGGAUUUGGAGUUUACUAAGGAGGAGAUGCAAAUAAAAUUUGAAGAGGCAGAGCAAUUUCUUGAAAGCGAGAUAUUGAAGACGACCAAUUUAUUAAAUGAGAAACUAGAGCUAGUGACAGAAAUUUCUACUCUAAAAAUGGCUCUCAAUGAGGCAUCAGGGACAGAAUUAACAGGAUGCAAGGAAAAUCAUGAGGCUAUAUUAGCUGAAAAAGAGAUGGAAAUUGAAAUGUUGAAAGACCACAUUGAAGUUCUUCUGGAUGAGCAAGAAAUGGCUAACAGGUCACAUCAGACAGAAGGUCAGCCACCAUUGGCAUUAAAACAUCAGCUCAGAGAAAAAGGUAUGCUAUUGUUGCUGUCUUUUUCAGACCUGGGUGGUCUGUUUGCAUUGGUUUCAGAUGGAGCAGAUGUGAUGGGUAGAUUGAGUAACCAAUGGGUUUUAGGCUGGCUUGAUGACAUUGGUUUGCCACAGUACAAGGACUCAUUUAGUGACGGUUCAGUUGAUGGUCGUAUGUUGAACUAUCUCACAUUUAGUGAUAUGUUACACCUCAAAGUACAUAACGCACUGCACCAUAUCACUUUUAAGAGGGCAAUACAGUGCCUCAGAUUACACAAUUUCCAUCCAAACUGUUUAAAGAGACACCCGGUAGAUGAGUCAUGGUUAAAAGGUGCUGAUGUACUGUUAUGGACAAAUGGUCGAGUCACAGAAUGGUUACGGCUGGUGGAUUUAGCAGAAUAUGCACCCAACCUUAGAGGAAGCGGUGUACAUGGAUCACUCAUGAUUCUUGAACCACGCUUCACAGCAGAGAGCCUGGCAGCACUAUUGUCCAUACCAACAAGUAAAACACUCCUUCGGCGACACUUGGCAACUCAUUUCCAGUCCCUUGUAGGUACUGAGUGUCAUCAAGUGAAGGAAGAAGCAGCCGCUGACCCAAUGUUUCAACCACUCAUGCCGGGAAUUAAACAUAAGAUAGUAAAAAGAACCAUGUCACUGGGUGCUCUCCGAAAGCGUGGGAAAGGGGACGUGGAGCUUGAUGACUAUGUAUGUCCCAUGGACCUGGAGGUUCCCCCAGCUCUGAAGUCAUAUGUGAUACAGAGAAGUAGACGGUCAAACGAACGAAGUGAAGAGUCCAUGCGAUCCAGAAAACGAAGUGACGAAGAUAGCAGCUUUCAGGGCGACGAUCGUGUUACCGGGACGAUAGGAGCUUUCUCUCAGGAACUUGAUUCACUAACACAUAUGUUAAAAGAGGAGAGACAUAAUGCAAGCAAUGGCACUUACGAAGUGUGACACAAACAUGUUUCACUAAAGAAAUGUUUCUAAUUCAGUCUACGUGUUGUAAUUAAUAUACAACCGCGAGCUUGGUCUUGGAUACGGCAUGAACAUUUUAGCACUGAGAUCUGAUCAUGUGCUUUGUCAUACAUUGGCUGGUGGCGUUGGUCUUAUAAAACGAGAUAUGUCUUUUUUUUCAACCAGGGGCGGAGUGUUCGGUAAACAUGAGUCAAUGAGUCAAUGAGUCAAUGAGUCAUGAGUCAAUGAGCCGUGAGUCAAGUUAUGAGUCAGGUCAGCGGUUUUCAAAAUUCAAAAUGGCGGACGUCGCAAAACUCGGAGUAAGUACGGACUGUGAAUUCGGUGGUUCGCCGCGCAACGAUUUUUGUUUCUCGACUUCAUUUUAACAGACGAGCAAGUUCAGAGGUUGAAAUUACUCAAAGGACGGUAGUUACAGCGAAAGACCUUGUAAUUUUCUUGCUGAAAUGGGUUGGAAUUCACAGUCCUUACUCCGAGUUUUGCGACGUCCGCUAUUUUGAAUUUUGAAAACCGCUGACCGACUCAUAACUUGACUCAUGGCUCAUUGACUCACGACUCAUGACUCAUUGACUCAUUUGACUCAUAAAACAGGAACCCUCCCAGGGGCGAGGUAGCCUUACAGUUAAGCCUGGUUUUCACUAGCGAAGCAAGCACAAGUGCAAACGCAAUAAUUCUUAUUUCACCGUGAAAACGGCCUU